GUAGUGGAGGUAGAGAAGGAAGAGGUAGAGGAGGAAGAGGUAGAAGAGGAAGAGAGUGAGGAGGAGGGAGAGGUAGGGGAGAAAGAGGUAGAGGAGGAAGAGGUAGAAGAGGAAGAGGUAGGGGAGGCAGAGGGAGUGGGGGGAGAGGAAGAGGAAGAAGUAGUGGAGGUAGAGGAGGAAGAGGUAGAGGAGGAAGAGGUAGAAGAGGAAGAGAGUGAGGAGGAGGGAGAGGUAGGGGAGAAAGAGGUAGGAGAGAAAGAGGUAGAGGAGGAAGAGGUAGAGGAGGAAGAGGUAGAGGAGGAAGAGAGUGAGGAGGAGGGAGAGGUAGGGGAGGAAGAGGUAGAGGAGGAAGAGAGUGAGGAGGAGGGAGAGGUAGGGGAGAAACAGGAAGAGGGGCAAGUAGGGGAGGAAGAGGAGGGAGAGAAACAGCAGGAGAGUGCUGAGGACAUGAUCCAAGAGCUCUCAGCUACUGGGUCAGAACAGGGGGAAAAGAGAGAUGGUGAAGACCAGAAAGCAGAUGCUUCAUAUGUUGAUGAGGAGGAGCAUGAUUUCCCAGAGGGCCAUGAGAACCAUAUCACUUUGGGUGCCCUAAAGCAGGAUUCAUCAGCUGAUGGCCAAGAUAACCAGUCAAUAUAUGAGCCCAGAAGAAGGUCCAAGAGAAAGCCCUCAGGACGUGAUCAGACACCUGGUAGAGUGAUCUACGUCAAAAACCUUCCCAGAGGCUUCUAUACAGAUAAUGACUUCCUGAAGAUUGUUAAAGGCUUCGGGAGAGUGCAUCGCUAUUACCUCCAUGGCAAUGGUGAAGAGGGCUUCAUUGAGAUGGAGAGGUCUUCGGAUGCAACAAAGGCUUUAAGAGAGCUGCGUUAUGAUGGCUGUAAAUUAUACGGCCAGAGGGUGACCAUCCUGCGGUCUCAGAAAUACAAGAGAUUAAUAACAGGGUGGAAACCUGAAUCAGACUCUGAUUCUGAAAGUGAUCAGAAGAAAGAUCACAGGAAUAGUAGAAGCAGCAGCAGGAUAAGGAGAUGGAUCAGCAGUCACUCAAAGUCAGCAGCUAAGGACAAGGAGACGAAAGAGGAGGACGAGGAAACGAAAGAGGAGGACAAGGAGACGAAAGAGGAGGACGAGGAAACGAAAGAGGAGGACGAGGAAACGAAAGAGGAGGACGAGGAGACGAAAGAGGAGGACGAGGAGACGAAAGAGGAGGACGAGGAGACGAAAGAGGAGGACGAGGAGACGAAAGAGGAGGACGAAGAGACGAAAGAGGAGGACGAGGAGACGGCACGACAAGUACACUCCGAACAGCGUAGUAAACAAUCGUCUGAUCCAGCCAAACACUUUCACAUGGACAGAGGAGCGUCUAAAUUGAAUACUGACAAAUUCUCCAACAGUGAAGACCAAAACAAUGCCCCUGUCUCUGCUGCUGAGGAUGAGAAGCGGGCCUGUAGCACCGAGGACAAUGUCGAAACCAAGAUGGAGGAUAAUGUGGAAAGAGGACCAGAUUACGUGAAGACUGGUAUGGAGUCAUCAUUCCAGCCCAACAACCCAGUGGGAAGGGAAUUCAUUACACCUGUCAUGGGCUAUUUCUGCAACCUGUGUCAAGUAGCCUAUGUCAAUGAGGAUGAAGCAAAGAACCAACACUGCAGCAGCCUCUGUCACUAUCUGAAGUUUAUGGAACAUUCAGCUAAAGACACAGCCUCUAGCUAAAAGAUGUCCAUCUCUGGAGGAAGUUGACAAGAUGACAGUCUUAGACCCAAUUUAACAGGAAGUGUUACCAGCACUUCUGGAGGAGUGUGAAGAAUUUGGGAUUUUGCCAUGUCUUAACGCUCAGAAGAAAGCCACAGGUUUUACCUAAUCCACAAGAGGCUCUUUGUGAAACUCAUCCUAGAACAAUAAAUGGGAUUGCAGAUUACGUUAAUCUGUAUUGGUUUAUAUGAACAAAUGUACAGCACCUACCUAUAUAUAUAUUGUUAAGUUUGUGUUGUAAUAGCUCAGAUCUACUUCCGGUAACUUGGUUUGUUUGUCCUAUGCUUGGAAUUAAAGCUAUUAGAAAACCCUAUCUCGUUUGUUUUCAAGAUGAGUUGAAAUAUAAUUUCAUUCUAAAAUAUUAUGUGAAUUAAUAUGCAUUCAUUUUUUGCAUUUUUGUAAUUUUAACAUAAUUCAAGCAACGAUAACAUCACCACCUAUACUGAACAAAAAUAUGAAUGCAACAUGCAACAAUUUUACUGAGUUACAGUUCCUAUAAGGAAAUCAGUAGAUUUAAAUAAAUUCAUUUGGCUCUAAUUUAUGGCUUUCACAUGAUUGGGAAAGGAGUGCAGUCAUGGGAGGGCAAAGGUCAACCUACCUGCGCAAAGGUCAACCCACCUGGGCAUAGGCCAACCCACUUGGGAGCCAAGUCCACCCAUUGUGGACCAAGGCCCAACCAAUCAGAAUUUGUUUUACCCCACAAAAGGGCUUUAUUACAGACGGAAAUACUUCUCAGUUUCAUCAGGUGGCUGGUCUGGGUGUGGCUUUCGUGCUUACUUGUGGUCUGCGGUUGUGAGGCUGGUUGGACGUACUGACAAAUUCUCUAAGAUGACAGAGGUCGGCUUAUGGUAGAGAAAUUAUCAUUCAGUUAUUCAUGUAAUAAGGAAUUCUCCUUGACCACACCCACACAUUGGGGGGAAAACAAACAUUCUUUCCUUUUGACCCCCAGUGUAAAAGAGCCAACUUUGUAGUCGAUUUGUUGUUAUAAAGAAAUGACAAAACAUGCCGAAAACCUGCUGUGUUAUUCAAUGUAUAUGUAACCAGGUCAAACAUCCUGACCUAUGGUUUGCAAUGCUCCCACUUUGGGAAAUAGGCUACCACAGUAGCUAUGUGUGUGGAAAACAUUUCAUCACAGAAAAUCCAUGUAACCUUGUUUAGUUUAGUCAGUUUGUAACUCUACUUACUACUUAUAGUUGUGUAGUUAAAUUGUUUGUGUUAGCUUAAUGUUCUAGUUGCUAGCUAGCGUUCACUCAUGUGGCCGCUUAGCACCCUCAUGAAAAGGGCAUUUUUUAAAAACGUUUUUAUUGAACCCUUAUUUCCUGGCGUGAGGGAGGGAGCCCUACAAUAGUAUGUUUUUCUAAGGAACGAGAACUCACAGGAGCAGGCAACGCUGACAAGUAAUCUUUAGAUAUGUUGUACUUUUCUUUAAAUAUAGUUUAGCAAUUGACUAAAACAAACAAGACAACAAGAAAAUGCGUCUUUUGAAAAAGGUCAAGUUUGUGCUGUGAGGCAAAUGGGGGUAUCCACAGGUUGUUUUCCUUUACAGACGGCCUAGAGGCCUCUAAUCUGUGCUAGAGUCCUCUAUAAUCUGUGAUAGAGGCCUCUGUAAUAUGUGCUAGAGGCCUCUGUAAUAUGUGCUAGAGGCCUCUGUAAUAUGUGCUAGAGGCCUCUAUAAUCUGUGCUAGAGUCCUCUAUAAUCUGUGCUAGAGUCCUCUAUAAUCUGUGCUAGAGUCCUCUAUAAUAUGUGCUAGAGGCCUCUAUAAUCUGUGCUAGGGGCCUCUAUAAUAUGUGCUAGAGGCCUCUAUAAUCUGUGCUAGAGGCCUCUAUAAUCUGUGCUAGGGGCCUCUAUAAUCUGUGCUAGGGGCCUCUAUAAUAUGUGCUAUAGGCCUCUAUAAUCUGUGCUAGAGUCCUCUAUAAUCUGUGCUAGAGGCCUCUAUAAUAUGUGCUAGAGUCCUCUAUAAUCUGUGCUAGAGUCCUCUAUAAUCUGUGCUAGAGGCCUCUAUGUAGCUCUAUGGUAAAACAAACAUGGCAGUGUCUGGUGAGUGGGAAAUAGUUUUCAUUAAUGUGUAGACAAGUUGAGAAAUGUAAAUGUCUAUAGUUGUUCAUAAUCGUAUGUCAUAAUAUGAUUUUGGAUAUUUUUUUGAGCUUUCAAGAUAAUUGACUGGAGUAGGCUACUGUAAGCACGGGAGAAGUAACGUUAUCUACUAGCUAGCUACUAGCUAGCUAUGCUAUCUAGCUAACGUUAGCUAGCUACAGUGAGUGACAUUAUAUCAGCAGCAGCAAUGUUGACAAAGAUGUUUCUAUCUGUGAUGUUGAUGUUCAAGCAAGUGUGCCAAUCAAGACAUUUUGGAAAAAAAUCACUGUAAGCCUGUAGAUAAUUGAUAUUUGGACUAGUAACCGGAAGGUUGCAAAUUCAAACCCCGAGCUGACAAGGUACAAAUCUGUCGUUCUGCCCCUGAACAGGCUAACCCACUGUUCCUAGGCCGUCAUUGAAAAUAAGAAUUUGUUCUUAACUGACUUGCCUGGUUAAAUAAAGGUAAAAUAAAUAAAUAAAAUUCUUGCAGGAAAACA